AUGAGUUGUGCUCAUGUUUUGAAUGCUGCUCGUAAGCGUCAACUAGCGCGUCUUUCUCAAUGGAUUUCUUGUUGGGAACAUGGAAAAAUGCCAUCGUCUGAGAAUUUUCUUUUAUUCCCUUAUGAGCUGGUAGAUUUUACUCGACUAAUUCUCUCCCUGACAGAUCAAAAUUUCACUCCUACAGUGUUAAAAGCCGUUAGAAAAACUUUAGACUGUGCUUACAAACAUAUUACACAUCAUAAAAAUCCUCCUUUGAUUUCACUUGGCUCAGAUGAUAAAUCUAUUCAAGACGCAUUAAGUAAAGUGACGAAAGAAUUGAACUCAAACAUGACUGCUAAUUUACUUCAAGAUCAAAACCGUUGUGAUGGCAAAGAUUCUCCAAUGUCAUCUGAUUAUACUAGUCUUAUACCAAUGAAACGUCGUUCCAGUAGCCCAUGUGAUGUGCAUACAGAUUCAAAAUCAAAACUACUUUCAUCUGAACCAUGUAAACCAACCUAUACUGAUGAGGAUUCUUCAACAGUUUCAAAUGAAUAUCAGCUAUCAAAUAUCUCUCAAGAUUCAAUGCAAGUGGAUGAAGAUUCUUGCAAUCAAAUUGAUAUCGAUACAAAUCGUAGUUUGAAAGUAGUUCUCACUAAAUUGGAAACCACUCCAAGUUCAUGUUCUAUGAGUGAUGAUGAUUAUGAUGAUUCAGAUAUCCAACCGAAUAAUCCCAGUGUAUUAAGUGAACAAAGUAAUCAAGAUUUACACUUUAUGCAUUAUAUGUGGUCUGGAUGUGCUGAUCAAAAAAAUAAUCCAUUACCGCAUUAUGUUACUAAUCCUAAAGAACAGAAUGAGCUACGUGAACAAAUGGAAGGUCUUUUAAAUCGUUUACACAAUCCUUGUAUGAUUACUAUUGCUAGAUCAGCAUAUGAUGGUUAUACGCCUUCGGAUCAAGUGUCUAGUCUACAACUUGGUUUGUUACAAAUGCUUGAUCGUGUCUAUGGACGUAAUUUACUUUCAGUUACUUUGGAUUAUGAAAACUCAGAGAAUGAUGUGGAGUCAUUGAAAACAAUGGGAUUUCAUGUAACUACACCAGAAGAAUUUCGUAUGGGUGGUCGUCGUAUAUCAUCACCAAUCUCCUGCUUGGCAAGAUCCGAAGGCACUAAUGUUGGUUAUCGUGCUGAACCGGGAAGGAAAGAAAUUGUUUAG